CGAGUCUUUGCUUCCCGAUGACAACGUAGACGGACGGGGCCUUUUUGACAAGCUAAGACGCAAAUAUGGCAGCAGCAGGGCCCGCGAUGCUUUGCGCUCUUUAAGAGAUAAAUUCAAGUCUAAGAAUCCCCACGAACCCGUCCCGGAGUAUCUACAAAUGGAAGACUUGGACGCAAGAACUGAAAUAUUAAGAGAAGUCAUCGACAACGUAAAGCAGCGAUAUCCUAGCGCAAAUCUGGCUCUCUUAGAGUUCGGAGUAGGAGAUAAAGGCCAAAUCCAAGUUCGAUACGCAGGUAGAGAAAAAUGGUACAACUUUUAUCAAAGAAAGGAGUCUACCUUACUUAACAAUGGCCUUUCGAAAGAAAUAACGGCAGCAUUGGGAACUCCUAACCUAACGCUAUUGUCUACCUURARUAAAAAGGAAACUACGAGGCUCCAAGAAGAAU